AUGGCCAAGGGCGGCGGGGCCGCCCUCGUCCAGGUCCAGUCCGCUGGCUCCGUGGUCCAGGCGCUGCAGGCCCUGGUGAAGGCGUCCGCCUUCAGCGCCGAGGACGCGGCCGCCCUCACGUCGUUCGUGCAGAGUUCCCAGGACGCCGCCGACGGCGACUCUGCACCGGGCGCCCCCGAGGCCGCCGCCUACGGCAGCAAGAGCGGCGGCAUCGUGGAGGUGCUCGAGGACCUGGCCGACAAGGCGAGCACGCAGCUGGCGGCCGCCCGCAAGAAGGAGGAGGCUGCGAUGCACAACUACGCCAUGCUGAAGCAGAGUCUCGAAGAUGAGAUCAAGUUCUCGACCAAGGACCUGGAGAGUGCCAAGAAGUCCUCCGCCGCCAGCGCCGAGGCCAAGUCCGAGGCCCAGGGGCAGCUUGCCGCGGCGAGCCAGGACCUGGCCGGGGACAAGGCGUCCCUGGCCGACGUCACGAAGGACUGCGCCUCGCACGCGGACGACUACGCCGCGGAGGUGAAGAGCCGCGCGGAGGAGCUGAAGGCCGUGCAGGCAGCGGCGAAGGUGCUCGCCGAGACCACCGGCGGGGCCGCCGGGGUCGCCUACGGCCUUGGCCAGGUCUCCGGCUCCUUCCUCCAGCUGCACCGCUCUGGGGGUACUAUCUCCUCCGGCGCCGACCUGGCCAACGUGGAGGCGGUGCACUUCGUACGGGAGCUCGGGCGCAAGCUCCACUCGCCGGCCCUGGCGCAGUUGGCCAAGCGCAUGACGUCGGCCAUGCGCUUCAGCGCGGCGAACGGCGAAGACCCGUUUGCCAAGGUGAAGGGGUGCUCAGCGGGGGGCCCGCGGAUCGACAAGCUGGAGUCCGAGGCCGGGCAGGAUGCCCAGCACAAGGAGUAUUGCGACAAGGAGAUGGCCGACACAGACGCCAAGAAGGACGAGAAGAGCACUGUGGUCGAGAAGCUUACCACAAAGAUCAAUCAGAUGUCUGCCGAGUCAGCGGCGCUCAAGGACAGCACGGCGGCCCUCCAGAAGGAGCUCGCCGACCUCGCCGCCUCGCAGGCCGCGAUGGACAAGAUGCGGAAGGCAGAGAAUGAGUUGUUCCUCACAACGAAGAAGGAGCUCACGGAGGGCAUCUCGGGCGUGGAGGUUGCGCUUAAGACGUUGCGCGAGUACUACGGCAAGGAGGUCAAGGACCACGAGGCCAACACUGGCGCGGGCUCCAGCGUUAUCGGGCUGCUCGAGGUCUGCCUGUCCGACUUCACCAAGAGCCUCUCGGAGGCCACCGUGGCGGAGGACAGCGCGGCGUCCGAGUACGAGGCGACGACCAUGGAGAACAAGCUCGCGAAGACCGCGAAGGACCAGGACGUGAAGUACCAGACAAAGGAGGCCGCAAGCCUGGACAAGGCUGUCGUGGAGGUCACGGCGGACAGGGCCACGGUCCAGGACGAGCUCGACGCGGCCCUGGAGUACCUCGAGAAGCUCAAGGACAUGUGCGUCGCGAAGCCCGAGACCUACGCCGAGCGCGCGGACCGCCGCGCCGCGGAGAUUCUCGGCCUGAAGCAGGCGCUGUCCAUCCUCGGCGGCGAGGCCGCGCUGAUCCAGAGCAGGCCGUUCGAGGCGUGCGACGGCGACGAGGCGUGCGACGGCGACGAGGCAUUCCGAGGCUCGCCCCGCCACAACGACUCAGGGCCAGCUUUGCUCAAGGCAGAUUGUUUGUCGCUGUGCGUGUCCAGAUAUAUUUUGCUGCCGCGCACGCCUUCCGCUCGGACGCUCCUCGGAGGUCGCAGGCGCAGCAUGGGCCCUCGGAGAAGCGUGGUCGACAACAUGGAGAUAUGUGGCGAGAUCGCCGAGUACCUGGACAUGGUCACGCUUACCAGGUUUGGCCUCUGCGCGCGCGGCGUCCACUGGCUGGCCACCCGGGCCUGCGACGCCCGGGCGCGCUCCGCCUUCGAGGGCGUGCGCCCCCUGGACGGCUGGGGCCGGGGCCCCUACUGGAAGCGGCUGGGCGACGCCCUGCGGUUCCUCGAGUUCGAGAUGGCGGUCGCCAAGGCGCCGAACGGCACGCCCUGUGUGGGCCUGGUGGAUGCCCGCGCCCAGGUGCCCCACGGGUGCCUCGAGGCCGGGCACGUGCCCCGAGACAUGAGCCGCGGGGGCGCGCGGGAGGGCGAGCUGGCGGUGUCCUUCAGCCCAGAGACGGGCAGGGUGUUCGCCAGCAGCCUCAUGCAGACCAGGCCAGAGCCUCGCCCAUUUUGCUGCUGCGCGGCGACCCUGAACUGGGCCAGGUUUGGCGACUCGUCCGCGGCGUGGAACAAGCCAGUCAAGGCAGGCCUGUUGAUCAAGGACAGGCAGUUGAUUUUCUACCGGGGGAACAUUGAAGGGCUAUGGCGGUCCAGCGGCGUGAUUCUGGAUGGUUUGCCAGAUGAGGAUUCAGAAUGGGUGCAGCUGAGCGUGAUGUCAGGCGUCCAUCUGAGCCAUGAUUUUCGCGAUGCUGCUGCGGCAGAGGCGCAGCUGGUGUCCGAGCGAUGCUGCCAGAGGUCCGAUGCCCUGGCUCAGCGCAAGGUCCACGGCAUGGACGCGGGCGCGCAGCCCGGCGGCAAGCGGGCCUCGCCGGAGGGGCCGCUCGCAGAGCUGAAGGAGGAGCGCGGGCGGGCGCCAGUGACCGCCUCGCGGCGCGAGCGGGCCUUGAAUUUCAGCACGGAGGUCAACGUCGCCACGGAGACCAUCGACCCGGUCGGCUGCAGGGACCUCCUGCCUGGCAUGCGCUUCCUGGAGGUGGCGGCGGAAGACAAGCAGGCGAUCAAGGAGAUGGCCAAGGGCAAGUCGCUCCACGCCUGCUUGGACCGCGCUCUGGGGCGGCCCCACACGUCUGGGAAGCAGGCGGCGCACCGAGCCUGGCGGGCUGGGCUCAUGGACAAGUCUGCCUGCAACAAGCUAUUCCUGUCGCCCCUGCCGGUUGGCUGGCCCCUGGAGCGUGGGUGGUUGCAGGCGCGGCCCCUCCAGUUCCGCAAGAUGCUGUCUUUCGUGCCCACCGCUCGCGUGGCGUUGAUCUGCAUGAUGUUCCAGAUGUUGGCGUGCCUGAUGAUUUCACUCCUGCCCACCUCUCGCGUGGUGCUGCUCUACAUAAGGGUCCAGAUGCAGACGUGCAUGCCCACCUCCCGCGUGGAGCACGGGGAUGUGACAGAAGUGCUCGGCCUGGACCUCGACGACCUCUGCGUCCGCGUGGCCCUGCUCGAGGGUGCGGCGAGGAAGCAGGCCGAGGAGUGCGCGACGGACUGCCUGCAGCUCCAGAUCCAGGCGCUGUCCACGCGGCUGGAGGCGGUGGAGGCGUUCACGAAGACGCAGACUCUGGCGGCGGAGGUCAUAGCGCGAAGGACGGUGGAGGCGGUCACUCCCGUUGUUGAGCGCCUGCUUCGCGUUGAGAAGGCCUUCGCCAACGCUGAGGCCAAAGCGAAGAAGGAAGCAGAGGAGAAGACCACGACGGGCGCAGGCGCCAAGACGGCCUAUGAGCUGCUCGUGCAGGCCGAGGCCGUUGCGAAGGAGGAUGCAGCAAAUCCGAAGACCGAAGCUAAAGCGAAGAAAAAGAAGAUUGUCCGUCGUACGGGUGCUGACCGACGAUGGAAUGCUUCACUGAAAGACGCGAACGCCGCUGCCAAGGCCUAUCUGUCCACCGCCAAGGCGAAGCAGGGCGAGAAGCUCCACGACGUUGCCGCCAGAGCCCAGUGCCCUUUUGUGGGCGGCGCGGGCACUGAAAAGGGCACCAGCAUGAGCGGCGCCCCCAUGGAGUCCAAGGGCCUGGACAAGGUCCCGGGGGACAUGGACUCGGGCGUGGCCGAGCCGUUCCUCGGGCGCGUGAUCAGCGCCAAGCAGGCCCGCGCCGCGAUGCUCUCCCUCGCUGGCUCCGAGAAGCAGCGCCUGCACAUCGCGACCAUGGAGCUCCCCGACGAGCUGGGCCUGCUGACGCUCCAGGAGAAGGCCAAGGCCAUCUCCCUCCCCGUGCGGAAGGAGGGCUGUGAGCUGCCGCCCGCCCGCGCUUGCCCCUUCCCCGCGUUCCUCUGCCGCUCCGCUGGUGCCAUGACUGGCCCGAGCCGCCCCCGCGCGAUGCCGCAGCGGCCCAGCGCCGCCCCGCCCGCGGGCGCGCUCAAGCGCGGGCGCGGCGGCCCCGGCCGCGGCGGCGGCGCGGCCGACGCCCGAGCGGCCGGGCGUGCCGCCCGCGGCGGGCCUGGGCCGGACACCGUCGCGCUGGCGCGGUGGCCGGAGGGCCUCGAGGCGGGCACGUGGCGGCGGAUCUUCCGGCCCUACCACGCGCGCUUCACGGAGGAGGUCGUGGUGGAGUUCGGCAGCCCUGCCGCGGAGGGGCGCCCUCGUCAUCUCCCAGACCCUGAAGGUGGACGGAUGGAGCAGCGACGAGCCGAUGACCACUGGCGGCACAGUCUGGGACUCCGCCGUCUUCCUCACAGCCACCUGCUGCGCUCGCCAGGCCUCGUGCGCGGCCUCGAGGUGCUGGAGCUCGGUGCCGGCACCGGCCUCGUGGGCCUGGCGGCGCGCCGCCUCGGGGCCGCGCGCGUCACGCUGACGGACCUGCCGCCCAUGCUGCCGCUGCUGCGGCGGAACGCGUCCAGGAAUUUCCCGGGCCACGAGUCCGAGUCUGGCGUGGAGGUCCGCGCCCUCAAUUUCAAGGACGUGAUGGAGGUGGACUGGCUCCGUUCGGGGCAUGCCCUCGACAUGGUGCUCAUCUCCGACGUGCUCUACCACGAGCACGUCCUGCAGCCCUUGGUCGCCGCCCUGGACGGGCUCGCACGGCGCCGGCGCGCGCCCGGGCGGCUGCGGGCUCUCUGGGCGCAGGAGCUCCACCAGCCGGCCUUGUACGAGGAGUUCGUGCAGACGUUGCAGGGUGCCGCAGGCUGGUCGGUGUCGAGGAUCGGCGCCAUUGAAGACCACACCGGUCCCGACCUCUGGCUGUGUGAGCUGCUGGGUCCCGACCUCCCCGCCUUCGAGCCCGAAGAGCCGCGGGGUCCCGACGGCGACGCGGAGGAGGCCGCCGAGGGCUCUGCUGUGGCAGAGGUCGACGGCGACAAGAACUACGAGCGCGGCACCCAGACGGACAUCACCGGCGACGUCUCCACGGGCAGCACCUCGAGGUUCGCGAAGCCGGCCACCGACGCGCCGACCACGGUGCUGAGCAACAAGCUGAAGGCCCUGCGCCAGAAGACGAAACCGGCGCUGCAGGAUCCCACCUCCGACGUCGCCGCGCAGGACGCGGCCCGCAAAAAGGAGCAGGCGAGCGGGCCCCGGGAGAUCUCCGCCGAGGAGAAGGAGCGGUUCAUGAAGACCCAAGACUUCCGUACCUUCUUCGAGCGCACCACGCUGCUGGUAGAGCGGACUCUGGGCCAGGAGCAGUGGGACACGACGGUAGACUUCAAGGACGAGGGCGGCGAGGCCCUCGGCGGCGGCGAUAGCGGGGCAGCUCGGCGAGCCCUCAACGGCGCGCUGUCCGAGGCAGAUCAGAAGCCAGUCCAGUACCUCUCGGAGCUAGGCUGGGCGCCCGUGGGUUUGGGCUUCAUGCUGCAGACGGAGAAGUCGACAGAUUUAGCCGCGCCCUUCAGGGCGCUCUACGCGAUCAGGGGCGACGAUGUGUUCUUCCCUGCCCGGCGCGCCCUCGAUUGCCCCAUUCUCAAGUGGCUGCUGGAGUUCAAGCGCAACUCAGUGGGCGACCAGGACGACGUCGAGGAGAAACCUCGGGCUCAGCGGAAGCGCGUCAAGAAAGAUAUCAAGGAUGCGCUCGAGUUGCUUGACGCGGACGGCUCCGGCGAGAUCGACUCCAAGGAGCUGAAGGUGGCUAUGCGCGCAUUCGGCUUCGAGCUUAAGAAGGAGGACGAGAUCUUGAAAGGGUUCAGGCAUUUCGACGACGACGAGACGGGAACAAUAUCGUUCAAGAACUUGAAGCGCAUGGCGAAGGAGUUGGGGGAGAGGAUGACGGACGAUGAGUUGCAGGAGUUGGUCGACGAGACGGACCGCGAUGGUGACGGGGAGGCGAACGAAGAGUUCCUUCGCAUCAUGAAGAAGAGCCGUUUGUCCUGA